AUGUCUUUUCUAAGGACUGUUUUAAAUGACUCUGUCAUCAUUCAUCCUCCAGGCUUCUAUAUCAUAGGAUUUCAGUCGUUUCCCUACAUCAGUGUCUACAUCAUCUUUCUAGCGUUUGUGUAUGUGGUUACAGUAGUGUGCAAUAUUUUAUUGGUGUACAUAAUUGCCGUUGACCGCAGAUUACACACUCCAAAGUUUUUGGCUGUUGGCAACCUCGCAGUCAUUGAUAUAAUGUUGAACACGAGCACUAUUCCCGGCAUGAUUAAGACUUUCCUCAUUAAGAACAACUUUAUUCCAUUCAACCAAUGUCUCCUACAAAUGUAUUUCCACUAUGCUUUUGCAGCUCUGGAGUCAUAUGCGCUUGCUGUACUUGCCUAUGACAGGUUCAUUGCAAUAUGUUUCCCUCUGCGUCAGAACCUAUUCAACACACUACUCAUCAUGACUUGUAUUAUAGGCGUGACUUGGAUGUACUGUGCAGGAUUACUGGCUUAUAGCACGGCAAUCAUGACUCGACUGUCUUUUUGCAAUUCUGUCAGAGUGUUCAGUUAUUUCUGUGACUAUGCACCUGUGUUUAGACUCGCCUGUAAUGAUUACUCAUUACAGUGGUCCUUGGCUUCAGCUUCUUUGGGCAAUCUGAUAGGCCCCUUUACUUUUAUUAUUCUGUCCUAUCUCAUCAUCAUAGUGACCGUAUGUAGGAUGAAAUCAGUCAGCAGUAGGAUGAAAGCUCUCACUACUUGCAUUGAGCACCUCAUUCUUGUUGCUAUAUUUUAUAUUCCUAUAUUCAGCAUUUUCUUAUUUGGACUGUUUCUACAAGCCAUUGACCCAGACCAACGUGUGCUGAGCCUGUCGCUGGCUGUAUGCAUCCCGCCCUGCAUCAAUCCUAUUGUAUAUUCCUUGAAAACAAAAGAGAUCAAAAAUAGAGCCCAUGCACUGAUCUGGAGAAUGAAAACGAACCCUUGA